AUGUCGAGAAGCGACUACCAAACUUUAAGUAAACUCGCACAGAAAAUCUACGGACACAUAUUUUAUAAGUAUCAGCAAGGAGUGGCAGGACAGGGCAGUACCGCCAGCGCUGAGACGUGCAGAGAAUGGAUGGAUGAAGCGGAGAAAAUUGCGGAUGGUAUAUCUAGUAAAUUAAGUAAGAAAGAGGCUGAAACAAAGUGGAAGAAAAGAGCUGAUAAAGUGGUUGAAAAGUACGUGAAAGCGGAACUGAAGAGGCAGAAGGAGUUAGGCAAGGAGCAAUGGCGUUCGCAAAACCGAACGUACACGUAUGGAUAUUCACCCAUGCCUGCUCCUUCGUGGUACACUGGACCACAAUACCAAGCUCCAGGGGUUACGCAAAUGACAAAUAUGAUGGGCGGCCUUUCUCUCAAUACAAGUCCAACUCCCAAUGCAGCUCAGUACUCGUAUGGGGUUGCAGACCGUGGUGCGGCUGCUUCGUAUUACAAUCCUCCUCCAACACCGUCCAGCAGUUCAUAUUCUAGAGCGGACCCCUUUCCAACAUCAACAUGGGGGACUGGAGCCUGGGAUACACCUGUACCUUCAGUUAGACCUAGAGCCCUUUCCCACUCUAGUGUACAUUCUUCUGGUUCAAGUACAGUGCGCGGGAUCCCUCUCGGUAACGGUUCACAUGUAGCAAGCUCAAUUACUUCCUCUAGUCGUUCUGGAUUGCCACUUGAGAGGAGCCUGUCUCAAGCUCGCGGAUCGGUUGAUCUUGGUCCGCCUAGGUCUCACGCUUCCAAUCGUUCCCGUCAUUCCUCAUUAAGUAGUACAACUCAUAGUACCAGCGGAUGGCCAGCAAAUACCUGGACUUCACCUCCGCCACCUCUGUCUCAGGGAUCGGCAACCGUCAGGUCAUCGUCGCCUGUCGCAACGAUUGAGCAGGUUCUCGGAGGAGAGGAUCGGCAACAAACUCCCCACCACUCACCUCAUGCUAAUAGAUCACCCUCUGUUAUGUCUGGUGGUAGUGAUGCAUAUACUGAGGUUCCUGACACGGGUGGACGAGUUUUAAGACACACUGGCAGAAGGAGGCACAGUACGAGUACGAGAAGCCAUACAAGUUAUGGACAAAAUGAUGGCUGGUGA